GGACACGUUUCACCGGUUGGCUGUGCCCUUGAGAGCAAACAGGAGGCCAUGGCGAGUAAAAGAUUGGCAACGUCUGCCGUCAACUGGAAGGCAUUAGGCGAAAGGGUGUCUGAAGCCAACCUCGCCAAUUUCAAGAAAUUCAAAUUGCUUUCGGAUACCUAUGCAGGAAAGGUUUCUCAGCUCCCAGAAACUUUACCGAAGAUUGAUUUUGCACGCUACAAGUCUCUUGGUGCUCCUGCUGCUGUUGUCGACAGUAUAGAGAAAACUUAUGGAUCUGCCAAGGUAUCCUACCCAGUUGACGCCAACAACAGCGUUGCUAAAAUUGGAAAAGAACUUGACGAGAUGAAAGUUAACAGGACAGCUUAUGUGGCAGAACAAAACAAAACUAUUCAAGACCUAAGAGAAAUGAUUGAUGUCUGCAAAAAAGCAUUCCCUCCAAAAGAUGAAUGGACCAUCCAACUGUACACAGCCUAUUUCCCAGACUGCGUUCCGGACCCAGAGCUUAGGCCAACAAUCUUCCCACAUACAAUGUUGAAUGAAGAAUUCUUUGGAGAUGUUGCUAGGCAGAGUCAGGCAUUUUAUGACUUUGACCUUUCAACUGCCCCAAUGUUUCGGAUGCCUUACAGCAGUACAACCAAGAACGAGUACACGGUUACCAGAGACCCCGAGUUUGUGGAUUUAACCUUCUCAUAUGGAUACAAUCCUACAAAGCAAGAGUUAGAGAAAAUAGAGGCAGAAUGGCCCGGAAAAUCAAAGAAGUAUUGGGAUGAUGUUGAUGCAAAAACCAAAGAAUUUUGGUUGAAGCAUGAAGAGGGAAAAGAACUUUUCAGGGAGUUGAAGGAGACCAUUAUGUCUAAAAUUAGGAGGAAGAAGUAGUCAGGAACAUAGCUAAGCUAAACAGCUAAAGCAAUGAACACUAGUAUGGUUGAAUUUGUGAAUGAAAAUGACUAUUUUAACGUCAUACAUAAUGAAGAGAAAUUGGACAUUCUCUAUUUGUUGUCACAUUCAACAUAAUUACAGUUUCUUUGAAGUGGUAAUGAAUAAAAUUUUGACAAACUA